AUGACUGAAUCCAGUGCCAGUGAAAAUAAGACAUCGGUCGUAGAUGACUUUUUUUCAGCAUUAUUUGCCAAUACCAAUAGUAGCAGCGAAGCUAGUAACAUUAAUAAUAAUAGCAGUGAUAACAGUGCUAGUAGCAGCCGAGAUGCCACUGUCACUCCCAUCCCCACAAAUAGCACUAGCCACGACGUUGAAAUUAAAAGGGAAGCUCCAGAGGAUGCUGAGGAAGAACCCAGUGUUGAGAACGAUGAUCAGCAAGGUAAUCAUAGUCAAGCCAAUGAACAGCAAGCCACCCCGCCUGUAUUAGAUGAGUUUGAUGAGUACUCUCUUCUUAGCAAAAGAAGACAAAGUGAUUCUACUUCAAAUCUCAACAGCAGAGCAAGACCUAAUACAGAGCAACCUGCUCAAACGCUGGCAAAGAGACACAUCGAUUGGAGUAAGGUCAUUCCUGAGUCUCGCAUGCUGAUACAUCAACUGCCGAAAAGCACAAGUAAGCAGGAGUUGAUGGAUUACUUUAGCAAGUACGGUGAGGUUUUAGAGGUUGUUCAAAAAAAUACAUUUGGGUUUGUUCAUUUCGAGAAUCCUGAACAAUGCGCACGUGCCGUUGAAGCCGAAAACUACAAGACCUUUAAUGAUGUGCUGUUGAAUUUGGAGAUUUGUAAGCGAAAGCCUAAAUUUGCUAGAGUGACAGAGAAUGAAAACCGACGACGAGUUCAAGGCCAUCGCGGUAAUAACAGACAAGAUGCGAGUCGUAGUCGUAGCCGCAGCCGAUCGCCUCCUCUACCCGCUCGCACCUACAACAACAAUGGUAACAACUAUAACAGCAACAAUAACAACAUCAACAACAACAACAAGCGAGGAAAUAGUGACACUAGAAAUGGUCGCGAACCCAAAGUGAUGAAUGACUACCGUAACCGUCAACGCGAAUACAAUGGCAAUAGUAACCGCCACGACAAUGGAUUUGAUUACGAAAGAACAAAUAACUACCGCCCUGACUACAGCCAAGUGAAUAACGAUGCGAGCAAUGUGCCUGAUGUUAAUAACGAGUAUGGACGAGAGAAUAACUAUCGUCCUGACUAUGCAAGACGUAACACUAGUAAGAACAAUGGUGGUAAAAGAGUCGACCCUCGUGCUUCUGGAUAUAGCUAUAAAGCCCCUACCAUUAUUUCACGCAAUGGAGGUGAAGUGCCUGCUGUCCAGAUCAUAUCCUGGAACACGGAUAAUGCGUUGAUGAACUACAUAAACAGCCUGUUUACGCAAAAGCACAUUCGCACUGAUGCUCGUAUCUUUAACUACUUGAACCAUUCCCGUGGGGAAUUGGUAAAGCAGAUGGUAUUGGAAGGUGUAAAAGCAAUUGUGUUGAUUGACAGUAGAAACUCAGAGCAAGGUAAAGUGUAUCUGCAAGUGUUUGCUCCUGUGGAUCACGGUGAUGGUGUUCGCUAUGAUGAAUACGAUAGUGUUACCCCCAAUGAAGCUGUUGGUAUAGUCCAAAAUACACAUCCAGAGUUGAGACAGGCCAAGCCAAGAUAUCAACCAUACACAUCGCCAUAUGAUAACACACAUCGCGAAGCGUACAACCCCAAACCUCAAUACAGUGCCACCCCUCAAUACAGUGGUCCUUCCUAUGGCCGUUCAUCUGAGGCUUCAUUCACCAAUACCAACUCAUAUCAAAAGCCCUCCUACUACAACAAUCCCACAAGAGGCUCCCAAUUUGCAUCACCACCUGUACAGCAGCAACAGUAUCAACAACCCAGCUAUGUAACCCAAUCUACUUACCAGCAACCUCAAGCCAUCUCUGCUCCUCCUCCUCCCGUUCCAAACAUUGAUCCCAAUACCCUCGCUACUAUCUACAGUUUGAUUCAAUCCGAUACUCUGUCCAAAAUACCGCCUCCAGCCGUAUCGUUGCCUCCCACCACUGCCACGUCUGCGGUUGCUGCUGCUCCCACUGCACAGCCCUCAAUACCUCAAUUGCUGGCUACGCUGGUCAAUAGUCUAGGUGCAGCUGGCAUGGCUCAUCACACACCACCUUCAGCAUCCGCUCUUCUUCCGACUACCACCACUGCCACCACGACUACCACCAAUACACCUGAGCAACCCAGCAUGGCUGCUCUCUUGAGCACAGCGACUGGAGGCAAUCCUGCUCUCGCUCAACUCUUGUUGCAACAAAUGACAUCUGGCGUAACCAAUUCCUCAUCUCCCACACCUCGCAACGCACAAGCGUCGCCUACCUUGGUCUCGCAAACCAACCAGCCGCGACAGGAAUACGGCUAUAGCUCUUAUGGCCAACAAAGGAACUAA